AUGGCGUCAACUGUAGUACCAAAUAUGAGUUUCUAUGCCUACACUUCACCUAACAAAAUUUCCAGUGUCAAAUUGCAACCAUUGUCAAGCACAAGGCAUAGAACUUUCUGCAACAAUGUAAAGGCUAAGGCAGGAGGUGAAGCAAGUUUGCAGAACCAGCAGCAGCAAUUGCAGCCAAAGAUGAAGGUGCUACAAGCUUCACCUAAAGUGCUGUUGAACCAAUCUCCAGUAGCAAGGACUGUGCAGCAAAUGAUGGACACAAUGGAGAGGAUGGUGGAGGAUCCCUCGGUUUAUGGUAGCACUUCACCUUGGAUAGUUGCAGGAGAUGAUGAAUACAGUAAGGGAAAGAUUCCUUGGGCAAUAAAGGAAGGUCAGAAAGAUUACAGAAUGAGAUUCAACAUGCCAGGAAUGAACAAGAACGAUGUCAAGGUAUGGGUAGAAGAGAACAUGCUGGUGGUGAAGGCCGAGAAGACACUCAAAGAGCACCAUGAGGGUCAAGCAAACAGUAAUGAAGAAUCAAGUACAGAACAUGAAGAAGAUUGGCCUGCCAAUAGCUAUGGUAGAUAUAACCACAGGAUAGCCCUCCCAGAAAACAUUGAGUUUGAUAAAAUUAAGGCACAGGUCAAAGAUGGAAUUCUUCAUGUAACAAUUCCCAAAGCCAACACCUCUGCAAAAAAAAUUAAUAUUGAUGUACAGUAA